CUGUAUUGGUGUCGAACCGGAAGCAGCGUGAGGUUACCGAAGUCUGCUCUGAAGUGUUGCACCUGAUCGGUCUGUUUGUCAUCAGAGCUGUCUGUGCAGCACAGACAAGAUGUUGAGAAGCGCCUCCGCACAGUUAUUCAGACAGGUGGUGAGAUACAGGAGCACAGACGCCACCCUCGUCCUGGAGAGAUCGAUAAACCGUGUGCAGCUGUUGGGCCGAGUGGGUCAGGACCCGGUGAUGAGACAAGUGGAGGGUCGUAACCCCGUUACCAUCUUCUCGCUAGCGACCAAUGAAAUGUGGCGGUCUGGAGACGGGGAGACAAACUCACCAGGUGACAUCAGUCAGAAGACGACGUGGCAUCGUGUGUCGGUGUUCAAACCUGGUCUGAGAGACGUGGCCUACCAGUACGUCAAGAAAGGGUCGAGGAUUCUAGUUGAGGGGAAACUGGACUAUGGGGAAUAUGUGGACAAGAACCAAGUCAGACGUCAAGCCACCACCAUCAUCGCAGACAACAUCGUCUUCCUGAGCGAUAACGUCCGAGAGAAGUUCUGAAGCACCCUCCUCUACGUCUCCACCCACCAAGACAACUUUUUGUAUUCUCCUGUUUGUACAAAACUAAAACUGAGGACCUGAACGCCACCAAAUAGAGGAAGUGACUUUUCCAAAGAAAAGGAGCGGUGACAGAAUACGCUGUAACGCUGGUCACGUUUGACUGUGGUGCCUCCUGUAAACCUUGAGGCAUCAGGAGAACCAGAAGGAGCCCAUGUGUAGUAUAAAUACACUCAGUGAUUAUGAUUGUGCUACUUGUACAUAAACAUUACAAAGACACAGUUUGAGCCCUUUCGCGUUUACUCAAGUUUUAAGAAGUGGAAAUACAGUGAGAGAGACUUCACAGUUGAAGGAGCCAGUACAAGAUGUUGUAGAAGUUAUAGCUCUGUUAAGAGCAGCUCUUAUUCCUGCCGAGGAUCAUUAACAAGUUAUUGUUUUCUUCUUUGUGUCAGUUGAGACUCUUUACUUUUUCUUCACAUACUUUUUUUUAAGAAGCAUAGAAAUACAAAAAAAACAGUGGAACAAUUGGAAAUAUGUCACGUAGACUCUCUAAACUCAGUAAAUCACAAGUUGUUUCUUGUGAGAACUUUUCAAAGCCCCCUAUUACAUGUAUGUGUUGGGGACUAUUUGCAGCUGCAGAUAAAUCAUGGGAUUUGUCGCCAAUAAUGAACACACAGAUCACCAACAGAUUUAUCCCUCAAACAAAUUAAAGUAUUUGUUCCUUCUUGUACUCA